CUUUGAGAAGGGCCAGCUGUUCAGAAAAGCAACAGUUUCCAUCGUGACCUCCAACCCUCUCUGACGUCACAAUGACUGCCGCUGGUCUCCUCACUCUCAGUACAACACUCUUAAUUGUCACCACGCCACUCCAUGCACAGACGGACUCGAUUGAUGUCAGGACUGAGGCCAGGGCUGUCGUAGCGAACAUUCGUGACUUCGUCCUGAGGACAAAAGAAGGUUCUCCUGUCAAGACAGUUCUACAGAACCUUGAUGACUUGCAGAGUUUCGCCGUUAAUCUUCUUUCUCGCCUUCCACACAAAGAGAUUUCAGAGUGCGAGACACAGACUGUCAUCAAGUUGUCUGCAGCUGGCAUUGGCAACCAUGAGGUGCUGGAUGUGCUGCGGGCUGAAGACAAUCUAGGUCUGAUGAGUGCUCGUGUCAGGGUCGCCCUCGCCUUUUUGAGUCGGGUGGCACAGCAUCUGGACGACAAGCUGUCGUUGUCGUCUGACGUGGGCCCAGAGCUGACGGCCAUCAUCUUCGGAGUAAACACCACAGUCAACAUCAUUACCAUUGCUGGCGACGCCAUCAAGGUAGCGGAGGGUCCGGCAAGGAGGAGCAGACGAGAGGCCAGCAGGUUUAAGGUCAGCAACGACCUCGAACUUGACACAAGAGCGCAUCACCUGUCCGUGCGAUCGCCACAAAGUCCGUGGAGCGUUGACGGCGGACUUCAGUUUCCCCGCCCUGGCCAGUGGAAUGCUCAGGUUGGAGCUAACUACGAUGAUGGGAGGUUGAAGGGAAGGCUGAGCGGUUCCUUAGAUUCCAGUGGAGGACGUCAGGUCGGUGGCAGCCUGGGUGUCCAAAGCCCCAACAAGCGGAUAUCGUUUGAGGGUUUUGGCGGUGUCAGGAGGGACCCAGGUGUAGGUUCUCAACCCUUCGGGGGAGCUAAAUUUGAUUGGACAAGCAGAGAUGGCCGAGUCAAUGUCGGAGUUCAAGGAGAUGUCCAGAGGGAUCCGUCUGGAAGACUUAACCCCUCUGUGGGCGUUGGCGUCAAGAUCAAACUUCCUUAGACCAGCAAAACAGGACCACAUGAAAAUAUAAAAGAAUCACGAUGGAAUGUUACGGUGGAUGUAACAGUAGCUAUGCUACUGCUCUAGAGAGACUUGUCAGUUUACCUUCUACACCUUAAAUGUUACGUAAUAGUAUCUGAACAACUUUUAUUUUAAAUUUCUGGCCUUUGGGGGUUAGGAGUGGCAGAAAAAAAUCAUUUCUUAUUUCAGCUUUGAAAUUCUGGUCUUCACCAUGCUAUCGCUAUGAAGGCCAUAUUACAUACUGGAUAACACAAUUUUUUUAAGCAAUAAACGAUUUUCAAAAUGUCUGAAUAAAUUUUUAUUUGGGUAA